UUUUUUUUUGUUUGUUUUUUUUUUCUUUACAGAAAUUAUUAAAAUGAAAUUUUACUUGCACUUCAACUUAAAAAAUGAUGGAAUAAUAUCUGCUGUUGUUGAAGUCAGUGAAAAUAGCUGCUCUGAUAUAAAAACUUGUAUACAACUUAUAUGUAUCCAACUUCAAAAAGAAAGAAAUUUACAUGUUGAAGCAUCUUCAUUAGAUAUAUUUUUUAAAAAGAAGUUAUUGUCAUCCGAUGUAUCCUUGUCAAGCUUAAGUUGUGGUGCUGAUUUGUAUGUAGAGAUAAAUACUGAUAGAGUUUCAAAGAAUAAAGUAGUUUAUGACAAAAGUAUUGUUUCAAAAUCAAAAAAUGGCAUUGAAAUAAAGGAGAAAGAAAAUUUAACUAAAAAUAGUCAGCAAUGUACUGAACUCAAGACGUUACAGCUUAAAGCCGAAAAAUUAGUUGAGAAAAAGCGUUAUGAUCUAGCAGUUGCUUUAUACAAAGAAAUGAUUGAAAUAGACAAAAAUUCUGUUGAUGGAAUACUUGGAGUUGCAUACAUUUAUUUUAAAGCACACCGUUAUGCUGAUGCAAUACCAUUAUAUUUAAAAAUUGUUAAUCAGGAACCUUCAAAUUUUACUGUUCUUAUAGACUACAGCGUGUCACUUAUCAAAAUAGGUGAUUGCCAGAAAGCAAUUAAUGUUUUGUCACAUGGUAUUAAUGAUAUGAAACGCUCAAAGGAUUUUAAAAAAUUAAUCCAUGAUGCUAAUGUUGCGCUUGCCUCUGCACUUGAGUUAAAAGGUGAAUUACAGCAUGCAUUUCAAUUGUAUUUAACUGUUGCUCAAAUGACUGAAAAACAGCAUAUAGAUGCUUUAAUAGGUUAUGCAAGAGUUGGCUUUAAACUGAACCAGGUAUCUUUAGAGGAUGUUUUUCUUGUCCUGCUUAAUGCUAUCGUGAGGAAAAAAGAUGACAAUGGUGUAAAAAAAUUGUUUGCUGAAAUGAUUCAGGAAAAUGGCGGUUAUAGUGCUUUAGUUUCACAAAUGCAAGAUGCUAAGUCUGAUCCAACUGCCGUCGUCUACAUUGCAUCGAUAGUGCGUGAGUUCGGUGCUCUCAACAAAUGCAAGGACCUACUAGAACAUGCUUUUGCUCUAGCACCAAGUAGUAUUGACAUCGCAUUACUCUUGACUCAUGUGUAUGAGAAUCUAUGUCUUUUUAACGAUGGUUUAAACUUUGCAAUGAAAUAUUUUAAUGAGAAGCAUGAUAGACAGGUGUUGCGACGUGUUGAUUUGAGUCCUGUUUCUCAAGUUAUAAAACUUUUAGAAUCACAAAAUUUUGAUGACUUAAAAGGCUUUAUUUUAUCAAAGUUGUCUCAAAUGAAUGGAGAUAAACAGUCGCUAUUAAAAGGUAAUAUGGCAGACAUAGAGUUACAACUUUUGGCACUAUACUUUACAGUUGUAAAAAUAUGUUUUGUGAUGGGCAACUUGGAUUGUGUAUUAUUAUUUGUGAAACUACUUGAUCCUCUGUUUAAUGCUAAUGAAAAUCUUCACAAAACUCUAAUUAAAAAUGAACAGGCUUAUUAUAGUUGUAUUAGUAAAAUAUAUAAUACGUGUCCGCCUCCGUUUGUACGUCUUUCUCCACUCGAAAUCAGUGCAGCUGAUCAAAAACUCAUUUUUGCAGUUGGAGAGAGUCACGUGUUACCUUUAGCUUGGAGGAGUCUGAAGUAUAACGAUCUUGAUUAUGUAAUUCAUCCUGUUUUAGUGACAGGAAUAAAAAUAUGGCAUUUGCGUAAAGAUUCCAUGUUUUACACACGCUCUAAUUUUGAUAAUGCAUUAAAAAUGAUUCCUGACGGUUCUACUUGUUUUUUUCUUCUUGGUGAGAUUGAUUGUCGAGAAGGGGUUCGGAGUGCUAUGGAGAAAUGCUGUUACGAUUCAGUGGAGCAAUGUGUUAAUUUUUUAACAGGGGUUUACGUGCAAAAGUUAUUACAUUUGGCAAAAAGUAAAAAAUUGAAAAUUUUUGUCCACCCAAUCGUACCCACUUUAAAAGAAACAUUUUUUAACGUACGUUUAUUAAAUGAGUGCUUAAAACGCGAAUUGACAAAACAUAUUUCAAGAUUAAUUUGGUUGGAUUUUGUAGACGAAUUAAUUGCCGAGAAUGAUUCAUUAAAAGAAGAAUAUCAUUUUGAUGGAGUUCAUCUGCAUCCGGGUUACAUUAAACUUUUAGAAAAUUGUUUACAAAGUAGCAGUAUGAAGUAGCUAACGAAUAUUUGGUUUUGUUAACAAAUUCUUAUUAAACAAAAAUUACUUUGAUAACGUUUUCUUUAAAAAAAGUUGUGCACAUGAGGUUUGUUUAAAUGUUUUUCUGUUUGUGUGAUUAACGUUAAUUGAUUCGAUUUGAAAAAAUAUUUUUUAGA